AUGGUGGUGGGCAUGUUGGGGUACCUUGUGCAAGAGUUGGCUCGCCUUCCUACACCUACGGUGGCUAGUGAUGUGUAUAGCAUUGGGGUGGUGGUGCUAGAGGUGACCUGUGGACGAAAGCCAAUUGAGAGGUGGAGAGCAGAAGAUGAAGUGUUGCUUGUGGACCAUGGGUUACAUGUAGUGGGGACGCUGCUCAAGGCCGUAGAUACUCGUAUUGUUGGAGAAUAUAAGCAAAUAGAGAUGGAGUUGGUGUUGAAGUUGGGUUUGUCAUGCUGCCAUCAAGACCCCAAGCAAGGAUCAUCAAUGCAUCACGCUUGUGGGAUGGCAGAGGUUCCACGGAGCCAUGUAAUGCUUUUAACAGAGCUGUCUUCAAUAAUAGGUGGCCCAGUUAAAUCUUUAUCCAGAAGAGCUGCAUUGGCUUCAGCUCAAACUGCAACAGAGAAACCCAAUCGCCUCGUAAAAAACAUUUGA